UAAAGCAAAAUAACCGGCGGUUACAGCUCUCAGGCUUCCCACUCUGCCACAUGUCGCAGUGUCUUUGAAACCUUACCUCCAAAACGACACGAAACACUCUCAUCAACGAACACCUGUUCUUAACGUUCCCAACCGCCACAAUUCACUCUCUCUCUCUCUCUCUCUCUCUCUCUCUUUCACCAACAUGAAGUGUGUUUCCGAAAUUCAUUUUCCACUAUCUGUAACCAAAGCUGAAAAUGGAGAAGAAAUCAUUGCUGGGAGUACACAAGAGAGAGCCCAUUAAGCGCGUCAAGAAAAACUUGCUCAAGAAAGUGGCAGACUAUCUCAUUUCCGAUUCUUACCUCUUUGCUCCUCUCAUCUCUCCCCAACCCAACACUUUUCCUUCUUCAAGAGUGGAGUUUAGAGAACCCAUCAAGAAAAUCAACAACAAGAAUGUGUUCAAGAAGAUUGGGGAGUUUCUGAUUUCUGAUUAUUACAUGUAUGCUUCCUUGGUUGCUCCUCAAUCAAUUGUUACUCUUACAGAACCUUCAUGGCACAUCAAGAAGGUCACUACAGCAGUUUCAACGAGGAAAAUCACCAUGAUAGACAAGGAACCAACAGAUUGGUCCUCAAAUAAAGUAGCAAAGGAUCAAAGUUCCAAGAACUUGCUUCAUGAAACAAGCAUUUCCGAAAAAACUCUUGGGCACAGAAAAAUGGUGAAGCACAUGGUUUACCAAAACUGUCGCUCUACAUCCAUUUCAGGAAAGGAAACGCUCAAAUUUACAGCUAAGGAAGCUCAUUGUUGACUGAAAAACUGGUACAUCAGUGUACUCAAUUUGAGUAAUUAGAAAUAUACAUGCAUCAUGUACUUAGAUUCAUAUAUCAUAGUUAGUAUACUUAUUUAUUGUAUUUUGUUGUAAGCGGGAUAAUGAGGCUGUUGGUGAAACUUAUGCCUGUGUGUUGUUCAUGAGUUUGUAUAAUUUCUUACUCUCAAUAGUUAAGACUAUUACAAUGCUUUAUCUUUGAA